GGCCUCCACUGGUAUGGGGCUCUGGGCUCGGUGCAUCGAGCCCAACCAAAGGUAGUCAGCAACUGAACCGAAUUAGUAAUUACUAAUUACCGAAAGCUGCAGAACAACAACCAUGAAUGAACCUAUACUUCUACGCCAGCAAAAUUCGCUCCACCGGAGCCCGCCACUGCAAAGAGCUUUUUCCACUGUGCGGGAAUGGCUUCUGCGUACAGAGAUCGGACGGCGGAGUUCCGAUCACUCACCGAAACGCUGAAGAAGAUCAGUGGGUUCAACCCCGAUCGAGCUCAAUCUCAGGAAACUGAUCCUUUCCUGCCAUCGAAGCAGCCACCUUCGUCGCUCUCGUACAGAUCCGAAUUCAACAAGAAGGCUUCCCUGAUCGGGCUGGGAGUUCAUGAGACCUCCGAGAAGAUCGCUAGACUUGCCAAAUUGGCAAAGAGGUCGUCUAUGUUUGAUGACCCUACAGUUGAGAUUCAAGAACUGACUGUCCUUAUAAAGAAUGACAUAACGGCUUUGAACUCGGCUCUUACUGAUCUUCAGACCCUUCAGAGAAUGGAAAUAGCUGACGGGAACUACUCCGAGGACAGGGUUGUUCAUUCCACGGCUGUAUGUGAUGACCUGAAGAAUAAGCUCAUGGGGGCUACAAAGGAGCUUCAUAAUGUGUUAACCACUAGAACUGAGAACAUCAAAGCUCAUGAGAACAGGAAGCAGAUAUUUUCUGCAAAUGCUUCUAGAGAAAAUCCUUUUGUUCGUCAGACAAAACCCUUGGUUGAACCACCUCCCUGGUCAAGUUCAACAAACGAGUUUGACCCUUCGCAGCCAUCCCCAUUGCCACCGAAUGGUGUUCAAGUUGGCAACCAAUUGAGACGGAGGCCAGCAGUUGAUAAUGUUCCUUCCCAACAGAUGGAAAUGUCCAUGUUACAACAAGUAGCCCCUAGUAGGCAGGAUAAUUUAGCUCAAGGUCGUGCAUCUGCUCUCCACAAUGUGGAAUCAACCAUCUCAGAACUUAGUGGGAUCUUUACGCAUUUGGCUACCAUGGUUGCCCAUCAAGGAGAGCUGGCCAUUAGAAUUGAUGACAACAUGGAUGAAUCUCUGUCCAAUGUUGAAGGUGCUCACAGUGCUCUACUGCGUAAUCUUAACCAAAUAUCAUCCAAUAGGUGGCUUCUAAUCAAGAUCUUUGCCAUCAUAAUUUUUUUCCUGAUGGUUUUCAUCUUCUUUGUGGCCUGAAAUGACAGAAAUGCGUUUAUAUUUGUGUUGUACGUUUCAAACCAUCAUUUAGAUGCUGAGCUUGAGGAUCCUCUGUGUUGUAUAUUUGAUUGUUACCUUCUUUCUUUUUUUUUUUUUAGAUCCCCCUCUAGCAUUUAGAGGCUGGAUUAGCACAAGCAUAUACGUAGAUCAGGCAUUGUGUAUCAGUUCACUUUACCAAUAACCUUGAUUUGUUUUGGAAGAUUCGUGUGAAAUUGGAAUCGUUAAUUUGCAGAACCCUUUUGGCACAAACUUUCCUGUAUCAACCUAAUUUCUGCUUUCAAAUGGCAAUGAACUUCUCCCUAGGAGCAGCACACACCACUGAUAUGCCUAAUUUUAGUACAGAAACACAUGAAACAGUGCUUGGAUUUUGCCCCGUGCACACAAUUUUGAAUUGAUGAAGAAGCAACCAAUUCCUCACUUUCUCUGGAACUUCAUUGAUUGAUUGAUUUGAUAUAUUUAGCAGUCAAUUUGGCAUAUUGGUGGGGUUGAGAGUCCACUUCUGAGUUGUUAGCUGUGCUGCAGAAGAUUCCUAUCCUUUCCUUCUUUUGGCCCCCUGCUUUAGAACUUGGGAAGUAAAUCUGUCAUAGUGGGCUGCUGAUUUUCUGGUGUUUGCCACAAUAUGCUUAGUGCUGAAACUACUUGAGGAAACUAAAGAAAAUAUGGAUUUUCAGGUUCUUGGCUGGCAGGCAGGCCAAGUGAUCUUGCCACCCUUGCCUGUCUCUUCCCUCCAACAAAUGCUCAUUAUCAGCUUAAGAUCUGUUGGAUCUUUGAUAGCAACUAGUUGACUCUGAAAUUAGAGGAUUUAUGAGUCACCCACAUCUUAUUUCUUUUCAAUCAAUCAAGGGUUAGUCUCAUACAGAGAGAAUAAUAGGUAAAAAUUCGAUCUUUUCCAUUUGGUUGAUAGAAUUUUGAGACUAGGUUAGCUGGCUGCUACUAGGAGAUGGGGUUGGAUAGAAAAAAGGGUAUGCUUGGUUUGUGCUAUAGAUCUAAGGAAAAGGAAAAAGCACUUUGUAACACAUAUCUUUUGGCUCUCUUUUCCUCUGUAUCGAUCUCUCAUCAAAGUUCUUCUCAUUAUUGCAAUCAAGAUAAGGCCAUUCCCACGUUUGGUUGAAGAAUCUUCAUUACUGCAAUUUUGUUGAAUUGGAUAAAAGUAGUCUUUUUGAGGGGCAGGGAGCUUUCCUUUUCUCCCCAUCCAAACUUUCUCUCACAUAACAAAGCAUCGCUCUCUAACUCUUCUUCCUUUUUAUCUGUCUCAGUUCUAACUUCUAACGUUCCUUCUGCAUUCAUUUAUGGCCAUACUUUUAUACUGUCUUGCGAGCUUAACGAGAGAGCAAUGGAAACUGGAAACCGUGUCAUCCGGGCAAAAAGAGGCCGAGUGACGACGGCAAUAACCUUGGAAAAGAAGACCACUUAGCUCAAAAUUUUCCCACCAGUUCAUAAUUAUUCUUCAAAUUAGAAUUUACUCUUUAACAUUAACAUUAUCAUUCACGCCCAAUUGUUUUUUUUUCAAAUCUUCAAAUUACUAACUACUCACCCUCCCUGGAACUUGGAAGACCUCUUAUGUUUUGUGAGACUACUAUAUUCUGUGUUUUCCCCCUUCUUCUGAUUUUGGUCAUAUGUAUUGAACAUCAACUGGACUACUGGAGUCUUGUUCUGGUAACAUUUAUAUGAAUGAGAAAUUUAAUGGAUUGAAAGGAAAUUAUGAGGUGUCUUGAAUGAUGGUGAAAUUUGGAGAGACAAAUGAUUUUUGAACCAUUAAUGAUUUUACUCGUUGUAAUUAUAAGUAUCAAAUAAAGUUAAUUUAGUCAU